AAACACCAUUUGACGAAAUAGAAAAGACUAUCAAAUAUGGCUGCUAGUUCUGCUACCGUUGAUCUUCGUGAAAUUCUUUUCGAACGCUAUUAUAAUGUUAUGUUGUCAUUAUGAAAAGACGUUGUGUAUCUAAAGUAAACAAACCAAAAGAAAAUUUCCUAUUGGAAAGUUAAAGAAGGAUAAAAAUAGGCUUCGAAAUCAAAACUGUAUUUUCAAUAGUCUUCUGGUUAAUGUUGUUAUGGAUGUUGAUACAGAAAAAACUGAGUGGGAAAAUCCCCUAACUGGAUCACCAAGACUCCUCAGGGUGUUGCCUUCUCUACCACCAUUGCCAAGCACAGUGAAAGAACCUUCCACUUUGUACCAGAUUGUUGUAAAGAAUGGCACACACCCUCCGAUUAUGGAUGAAGUGUCUUGGACAUUGGCAUCACCGUUCAAGGAACAGAAAUACUCUCGCACUCCUAGUGAUUCCAUUGCCAAUAAUUAUACACCAACUGCUAAGCAACUCAAAUUGCCAAAGCUGAUUAAGUCUAAACCAAAGUUCGAUAAGGUAGUUCCUCCUGCAAAAAAACCUAAAACUGCCUUUGCACCAAGUAAAGGAGUUACACCAGAAAAGCAACCUUCUCAAAUCCUACCUUUAUUAGAAGAACGUGCAUUGACUCCUCAUGAACAGCUGGAUAUCAUGCAUGAUAUUGAAGCUGAAGAGAAAUCUCAUUAUGGUGAACCAUCAGCACAAGAUUUACAGCGUUAUUAUUAUUACAUUGAAAAUGGUAUCAAAUCCGGCAUGCUAGCACCAGCACCAGAAGAGUGGUUUGAGAAAAUUGACCAGAUGAUUCCAAAAAGUUUGACCACAGGAAUAAAACUGUCCAAGCUAAAGAUCGAACUUCUGGCCGAAGUGACCCACGACUAUAUGUUCAGUUUACGGAAGGCAAUUGUGGAUUAUAUCUUGAAAGAUCCACGAGAGAAAAAGAGGUUGCAUAUUGCAUGGGUUCCAGUGCCCUUCCCUCACAGAGUGAUCAGAGCCCCUAUACCAUGGCACAAUUCCUACCUUGUAUUAAAACACUUCAACCUUGUCUCUUUAUUUGCCAUCAACCCCGUCAUGCUGGAGCUGCAAAGUAUUUGGUGCAAACAAUUUGAAAAUUUGCGGUUCGUCAACCUUGCAGAAUUGAUGGAAAUGAAACUUCCUUUAUUACCAGAAGACUUUCAGAGUGUCAUUAAAAAUCAGUGCUUAAAAUGCCGAACUGAACUUCAAACCGUAUGGUUACCAACCUGUGCGCAAGUAUUUCUAAACCAAAAAGAUCUCUGGUACCAUCUUGUACCCCAGAAUAAUGUCGACUCAUUAGAAAUGGUGCAGAAAUUUUUCUCCAGUGUUGAAUCUUUAAUGUCCCUCCAGCUCAGAAGCAUUAUCAUUAAUUCCCUCAAAGACUUUCUUUCAUUUUUUGAAAUCCAUUAUCAAGGUAAUGAUUUUGGCGAGUAUUAUAAUGAAAUACAGUAUGUUCUUGCUCCAAUCAUGAUAAUUAAAUUGAAAGUUGAAGAACCAAAAAUCGUUUUCGACCCUCCAUUCCGAGAUAUACUUAGCCUUAUCAUUAAAUGUUUCUCUGAAAUUGUCGCAUCUGGCACUGGGUUGUCAAGGGUGGAGUGCGAGGUAUUUCCUGAUAUGCGCAAUCGAAAUUUACUUUUGCGUGCUCCUCGUAUUGACGAGACCCAGGUUACUGAAAUUGUGGAUCAAGCUGUAGAAAUGUUUAAGAGGAAUGUGGUUGGACCUCAAAAAUAUUUGAAUUACUAUAUGAAGUAUGCUGAUCUACUGAAUAGAAAAGCCCAACAAGAUGUCACUGCUUUCCUCAAAGAGCAAAAUGGUAUUCAUGAAUUCAGAGAGAAAAUUGAUGCCUUCCACACUUUGAAGAAUGAAAUAGCUGUCUUAUAUGUUACAGUACCACUCAGUAUGUUUUCUUUGGAUUGUACACUCUUAAAUGAAGCUUUGUGCAACAAAGCAGAAGGUUUAAAACAGCGCCUUAUUACUCAUUGUGUUGAUGAAAAUCGGGAAUUAAAUAGGAGCAUAUGUCGCAGAUAUGAGAAGAUCAGUGAUAAAGUCAGUGACAUCCCAAGUACAACAAAAGAUCUGGUGGAGACCAUAGCCUUCCUUCAGCAGUCAAUGGAUGUAACGAUAUAUAAAUUGGCUACAGAGAUUAAUGAAGCAGCUAAAAGACUCUCGUUUCUCUUGGAGUAUGCAAAUUUCCAAAAAGAGGACAUCAAAUUGAACAGCUCUGUCUUCCACUGGCCCGACAAUAUCAUAGCAAUCUUUGAUUCAGCUCAAAGUCGGUUGCAGGCAAAAAGAGAAACUAUUGAAGCUCAGCUAAAAGUACGUCUAACUGAUUUCCAGACCAGACUGGAGGGUAUGAUGAAAGAGAUUGAAUCUUUCAAGAAGAAAGAGCUCAUGAGUUCUGAUGAAAUGAAGAGCAAUGUUGAACACCUGAAUGCCCUACAUGUGAGCCUGGAAGCAGCACAGAAGGAACUUGAUGAAAUGAAUACUGAGGAACAGCUUCUGCAAUUUGAGACCAGUAUUUUCCCCAUCCUGCCAUUGAUGUUCCAACUGAAAGAGCCUUAUGACAAGUUGUGGACAACUGCUUAUAAUUUUAACCAGAAGCAAGAAAUCUGGAUGAAUGGAUCAUUCUUGGAAUUGAAUGCUGAAGCUAUUGAGAGUGAAGUCGGUGAUAUGUGGCGUACCAUGUAUAAAUUAACAAAAGUCCUCAGUGACCAACCUGGACCACGACGAAUAGCUGACAGUAUUCGCAGUAAACUGGACAAGUUCAAAGCUCACCUGCCACUUCUGCAAGUAAUAUGUAAUCCUGGUAUGCAGGAAAGGCAUUGGAAACAGGUCAGCGAGGUUGUAGGUUUUCCUGUAGAACCAACAGCACAAACAUCCUUAUAUGAUAUGCUCAAUGCUGGAUUUUCGGACCACCUCAGCAAACUUGAGGAGAUUGGUGUAGCAGCAGCCAAAGAAUACUCUUUAGAAAAAGCCCUUAAAAAGAUGAAAACAGAAUGGGCAGACGUUUACUUUGAAAUGGUCCCCUACAGGGAAACCGGAGUAUCUAUUCUGUGUAGCAUUGAUGAUAUUCAGAUGUUGCUAGAUGAUCACAUUAUCAAAGCACAGACAAUGAAAGGCUCACCGUUUAUCAAACCUUUCGAAAUAGAAAUGCUUCAAUGGGAAGAGAAAUUGGUAUCAAUGUUUGACAUUCUUGAGGAAUGGCUGAAGUGCCAAUCAACGUGGCUAUAUUUGGAGCCAAUCUUCAGUUCAGAAGACAUCAUUGCACAGAUGCCCAAUGAGAGCCGUAAGUUCACCAUUGUUGAUACAAUCUGGCAUGACAUCCAAGCAGAAGCUGUGAAGAAUACCCACUGUCUUACAGCCACCAGUCAAGGCAAUAUGCUUGGCAGAUUGAAGGAGGCGAACGUCUACCUUGAUGAGAUUCAGAAGGGACUCAACAUCUACCUGGAGAAGAAACGCCUGUUUUUCCCUAGGUUCUUCUUUUUGUCAAAUGACGAGCUUCUAGAGAUUCUGUCAGAAACCAAAGAUCCACUAAGAGUUCAACCUCACCUGAAGAAGUGUUUCGAGGCCAUCAGCAGGCUAGAGUUCACCGAGGAAGGGGAGAUUGUUGGAAUGGUGUCUGUUGAGAAGGAAGUUGUACCAUUCACAAUCAGUAUACAGCCUGCUAAAGCUAAGGGCAUGGUAGAGAAAUGGCUUUUAGAAGUCCAAAAUGCCAUGAUCACCAGUAUGCGUAAAGUAAUAUCUGAUUCCUUGUUGGCUUAUCCUGACACUGCACGCCGAAAGUGGGUGAUCGAGUGGCCUGGACAGGUGAUCAUCUGUUCCAGUAGUAUUUUCUGGACUUCAGAAGUAUCAGAUGCCAUGGCUAAGGAGAAUGGACUCAAGGACUACCUCAGGAAAAGUAAUGAGCAGAUUGAUGAAAUAGUGGAACUUGUUAGAUCAAAACUAAGCAGUGGGGCCCGUAUAACACUUGGAGCAUUGAUUGUCAUCGAUGUUCAUGCUCGAGAUGUUGUCUCUGAACUAUGUGAACAGAAUGUGAACAACACUCAUGAUUUCUUAUGGUUGGCGCAGUUACGUUAUUACUGGGUAGACAAUGUCAUCGUACGUAUGAUCACGACAGAGAUGAGGUAUGGUUAUGAAUAUCUAGGAAACACUCCUCGUCUUGUCAUUACCCCCUUGACAGACCGAUGUUACAGGACAUUGAUGGGGGCCUUAAAACUGAACUUGGGUGGAGCACCAGAGGGGCCAGCUGGAACUGGCAAAACUGAAACAUCAAAAGAUCUAGCAAAAGCUGUAGGCAAACAGUGUGUAGUAUUCAACUGUUCUGAUGGUCUUGAUUACCAAGCAAUGGGCAAAUUUUUCAAAGGUUUAGCCCAAUCUGGAGCCUGGGCCUGCUUUGAUGAGUUCAACCGUAUUGAAUUAGAGGUACUGUCUGUGGUUGCACAACAAAUCCAGAGUAUUCAAAUGGCUAUAGCACAACAACAAAGUAAAUUCAUCUUUGAAGGAACUGAACUGAAGCUGGAUCGAACCUGCACUAUAUUUAUCACCAUGAAUCCUGGCUAUGCUGGUCGUCAAGAACUGCCAGAUAACCUCAAGGUACUGUUCCGUACAGUUGCAAUGAUGGUACCAGACUAUGCACUCAUUGGUGAAAUUGUGCUAUACUCCAUGGGAUUUGUACAGGCCAGAAAUUUAUCCGGGAAGAUUGUGGCUACUUACAAACUUUGUUCAGAGCAGUUAUCCUCUCAGCAUCAUUAUGAUUAUGGUAUGAGAGCUGUAAAGUCUGUAUUAACAGCAGCAGGUAAUCUCAAGUUAAAACACGGUGCUCUAGACGAAUCAGUACUUCUAUUGAAAGCCAUCAAUGAUGUUAACCUUCCAAAAUUCUUAUCACAGGAUGUCCCCUUAUUUGAAGGUAUUAUUGCUGACCUUUUCCCAGGCGUUAGUCUGCCUCAACCAGACUAUGGCGUAUUUAUGGAUGCUCUGGAGGCAAACAUAGUGAAGAGAAAGUUACAAUGUGUUCCAUGGUUCUUGGAUAAAAUUAUUCAGGUAUAUGAAAUGAUUCUUGUACGCCAUGGCUUGAUGAUUGUUGGAGAACCUUUGGGCGGGAAAACCAUGGCUUACCAAGUUCUUGCAGAUGCUUUGACAGAUCUCUGCCAGGGUAAACUGUUUGAAGAAAACAAAGUGAAAUAUACCAUAAUUAACCCCAAGUCUAUCACAAUGGGACAAUUAUAUGGUUGCUUUGAUCCUGUGUCCCAUGAGUGGACAGACGGGGUUUUGGCAACAGUAUUCAGGUCAUUUGCUAAUGAAGCGACCGAUGACCGCAAGUGGAUUAUUUUUGAUGGUCCUGUGGAUGCCAUCUGGAUUGAGAACAUGAAUACAGUCCUUGACGACAACAAAAAGCUAUGUUUAAUGAGUGGUGAAAUAAUCCAGAUGAGUAAAGCAAUGAACUUACUGUUUGAAGCUGCUGACCUUGAGCAAGCCUCACCAGCCACAGUGAGCAGAUGUGGAAUGAUCUACAUGGAACCUGAAGAAAUGGGAUGGAGGCCCUUCAAGCAAUCCUACAUGGACUAUGAACUCCCAGACCAUCUAGAACUUGCUCACAAGGAACUGAUAAAUGACAUGUUUGAGUGGCUCAUGCCACCCACCCUCUACUUUGUACAACAUAAAUGCCGACUCUUCCUCAGAGUAUCCGACAUGCAACUUAUUUACUCCUUCCUGAGCAUGUAUACGUGCUUGAUGGAUGAAAUCAGGGACUCCGACAAAGAUGCUGAGGGUGGAAAAACCUUGACAAGUCAACAGAUAUUCCUCUGGCUCCAAAAUCUGUUCCUCUUUUGUACGGUGUGGGCCAUUGGAGGCAUAACAUCCACUGAAUCUCGUAAGAGCUUUGAUGAGUACUUCAGGACCCUUAUAAGUGGCACAGAUUCUAAGCAUCCAAAACCUAAAAGUUGUAAAAUCACCAAGAGUAAUGCAUUCCCUGAAAGAGGAACAGUGUUUGAAUAUUGUUUUGAGAAAAAGGGUUCUGGUAACUGGGUAAGCUGGAUGGAUACCCAAGACAAAGGAGUGCAGUCAAUCCCUUCAAAUGCCAAGGUCAGUGAACUGAUUAUUCCAACCACUGAGACAUUAUUUCAACAGUUUUUCCUCAACACAUUCCUGUCUCAUGAGGUACCACUAUUACUGGUUGGUCCCACUGGUACUGGCAAGUCUGCAAUUACCAACGGCUACUUGGUAAGACUACCCAAGGACAUAUACAUUCCAAACUGUAUGAACUUCUCUGCUAGAACAACAGCUUACCAAACCCAAGAGAUAAUUAUGUCACAACUUGACAGUGAAUAUGCUAAACUGUCUUAUCAGAAGAAGCGGAGGAAGAGUGUCUAUGGCCCACCAGUUGGGAAGAAGCUUAUCAUAUUUGUAGAUGACCUAAAUAUGCCAGCAAAGGAGGUAUACGGUGCACAGCCACCAAUUGAACUCUUGCGACAGUGGAUUGAUCAUGGUCACUGGUAUGACAAACGGGACACAUCAAAAAUAUUUCUCAAAGAUGUGUUGUUUGUGUCAGCAAUGGCUCCACCUAGUGCUGGCAGGCAGCCAAUUACAAAUCGUUUUACAAGGCAUACAAAUGUCAUAACCAUCACUGAGUUUGAUGACAGUACUCUGAGCAGAAUAUUUGGAAUGAUUUCAGAUUGGCAUUUUGGACGAGGUUUUGAGUCUUCAUUUAUGCGGAUGGGCAAGCUUAUGGUUUCUGCGACAAUGGAGGUGUACAAGAAUGCUAUCGUCACCUUCCUACCAACGCCGUCCAAAAGCCAUUAUGUAUUUAAUCUGCGUGAUUUCUCACGGGUCAUCCAAGGUGUACUGCUUGUUCCUCCUAUCAACAUGGUUGAGACAGACAAGGUAAUCCGUCUGUGGGUACAUGAAGUCUACAGAGUAUUCCAUGAUCGUCUCAUUGAUGACACUGAUCGGGAAAUGUUCUUCAGCAUUGUCAAAGACUCGUGUCAAAACAACUUCAAGGUAAACAUUGACAAGGUUCUUGGUCACCUUUCAAAAAGUGGUAAAGUGAAGGACAGUGAUGUUCGAAACCUCUUCUUUGGAGAUUUUGCCAACCCUGAUCAGAAAACUACUUACGAUGAAAUCCAAGAUUUAAAGGAACUAACCAAAGUCAUGGAACAUUAUCUGGAUGAAUGCAAUGCCAACAGUAAAAGUCCUAUGUCGUUAGUGAUGUUCAAAUUUGCUAUAGAACACAUCUCUAGGGUCAGCCGAGUUCUGCUGCAAGACAAUGGACAUGUACUCCUUGUGGGUAUUGGAGGGAGUGGUCGACAGAGUGUGACCAAGCUGGCUUGCCACAUGGCUGAAUAUGACCUUUUCCAAAUUGAGAUAACACGUAAUUACACUAAUAAUGAGUGGAAGGAGGAUUUGAAGAAGUUGUUAUUACGUACAGGGUGCAAUGCCAAGCCUCAUGUGUUUCUCUUCUCUGACAACCAAAUCAAAGAUGAAAGUUUUAUGGAAGAUAUCAGUAUGAUUCUUAACACUGGAGCUGUUCCCAAUCUCUAUGCUUCUGAUGAGAAAGCUGAGAUCAUUGAGAAGAUGCAGGGUGCUGCACGUCAUGAGGGGAGAAAGAUAGAUGCGUCACCAUUGGCCCUGUAUAAUUUCUUCAUUGAUCGAGUGAAGGUAAACCUUCAUGUUGCCCUCACUCUUAGUCCCAUCGGAGAUGCUUUUCGAAAUCGUCUCCGUAUGUUUCCAUCAUUGAUAAACUGUUGUACCAUUGAUUGGUUCAAGGCUUGGCCUCCAGAUGCUCUGGAGAUGGUUGCCAACAAAUUUCUGGAGGAAACUGAAAUGGAUGAAUCUACCAAGCAUGAAUGUGUUGUGAUGUGCAAACAUUUCCAUGAAUCAGUUCGUCUAAUGUCCGAGAACUAUUACGAAAUCUUACGACGACACAAUUAUGUCACCCCAACAUCGUACUUGGAGUUAAUCAUGACCUUCAAAAAUCUUUUGACAUCAAAACGAACCGAGAUCCUAACAAUGAAGACCCGUUAUCUAACUGGUUUGGAGCAGCUUCAAUUUGCUGCUUCACAAGUGUCUAUAAUGCAGCAGGAACUGACUGAGUUGCAACCAGAACUAAUAAAGACAUCUGAAGAUACUGAGAAACUUAUGGUGAAAAUUGAGCAGGAUACUGUGGAAGUUGAGGCCAAAAAGGAGGUCGUUGCUGCUGAUGAAGCAAUUGCUAAUGAGGCAGCUGCAGCCUCCCAGGCUAUCAAAGAUGAGUGUGAAAGUGACUUGGCGGAAGCAAUUCCUGCAUUGGAGUCUGCUAUUCAUGCCCUCAACACAUUGAAACCUUCUGACAUCACUUUGCUCAAAACAAUGUCGAAUCCACCAACAGUUGUGAAAUUGGUCAUGGAAUCAGUAUGCGUCAUGUUAAUGAUUAAACCUGAAAGAAAACCUGAUGGCAGUGGGAAAAUGUUUGAUGAUUAUUGGGGACCUUCACUGAAGCUCCUUGGUGACAUGAAGUUUUUGGAAAAACUGAAAACUUACAACAAAGACAACAUAGCACCAGCUAUUAUGUCCCGUAUCAGGAAAAUUUAUAUACCAAAUCCUGAAUUUGAUCCCAAUGUAGUGAAACAAGCAUCAACUGCCUGUGAAGGUCUCUGCCGUUGGGUCAGAGCAAUGGACCAGUAUGAUAAAGUAGCCAAAGUUGUGGCUCCAAAGAAAAUUAAACUUUUGGAAGCAGAAACUGAAUUGAGUAUGCAGAUGCAGAAACUUGAUGAGAAACGAGCACAACUGAAAGAGGUUGCAGAUAAACUACAAGCAUUGAAUGAUAAAUUUGAAGCAAUGACCCAGAAAAAGAAAGAACUUGAAGACAACAUUGAUAUCUGUUCCAAGAAACUGGACCGGGCUGAACAGCUGAUUGGUGGUCUAGGGGGAGAGAAAGACCGUUGGACAAAAGCUGCUAAAGGACUGGGAGAAUUGUAUGAUUGCAUUACUGGAGAUGUUCUGCUUGCAUCUGGUGUAGUUGCAUAUCUUGGUGCUUUUACUGUAGAUUUCAGACAAACUAUCAUAAAAGAGUGGGUGGAACUGUGUCAAGAGAAAAAUAUUCCUUGUUCCCCAGACUUUUCCUUCAAUACCUGUCUUGGUGACCAGGUGAAGAUUCGCGAGUGGCAGAUAGCAGGGCUUCCUGCAGAUAACUUCAGUAUUGAUAAUGCUAUUAUCACCUCUAAGUCACGAAGAUGGCCUCUUAUGAUUGAUCCACAAGGACAAGCUAAUAAGUGGAUAAAAAACAUGGAGAAAGCCAACAAACUGGCUGUCAUCAAGUUGUCUGACAGUAACUAUGUGCGCGCAUUGGAGAACUGCAUCCAGUUUGGGUUACCUCUGUUGCUGGAGAACGUUGGUGAAGAGCUUGAUCCUCUGCUCGAGCCAGUGCUACAAAAAUCAACCUUCAAACAACAAGGUGUGGAGUACAUGCGCCUUGGAGACAACCUGAUUGAGUACUCGCCGUACUUCCGCCUCUAUAUUACGACACGGCUAAGGAACCCACAUUAUUUGCCGGAAAUUUCUGUCAAGGUAUGCAUGCUAAACUUUAUGAUCACACCACAAGGACUACAAGACCAGCUAUUGGGUAUUGUGGCAGCAAAGGAAAAACCAAAAUUAGAGGAGAAGAAGAACGAGCUGAUUGUGCAGGGAUCUGAGAACAAAAGACUGCUGAAAGAGAUAGAAGACAAAAUUCUUGAAGUGCUGACUGCAUCAGAGGGAAAUAUUCUAGAAGAUGAAACUGCAAAUAAAGUCUUAACUUCAUCAAAACUUUUGGCAGAGGAGAUAUCAGCAAAGCAAGCUAUUGCAGUAGCAACAGAGAAAGAGAUUGAUGAAACAAGGAAUGGUUACCGGCCUGUGGCUGUUCAUUCUUCCAUAUUAUUCUUUUGUAUUACAGAACUUGCCAAUAUUGAACCCAUGUACCAAUAUUCUCUCACUUGGUUUAUCAACCUGUAUCUACAUCUUAUACCACAAUGUGAUUUCCUGCAGAAGUGUAUAACCAACAGCCCAUCAGCAUCGUAUAUUGAGAAACGGAUUGAAAACCUCAACUUGUAUUUCACAAGCAGCAUCUAUCGGAAUGUGUGUCGGUCUUUGUUUGAGAAAGACAAGCUUCUCUUCUCAUUCAUUUUAUGUGUUGAGCUCAUGAAAGGAGCAGGAAAUGUUGAUGAAGAUGUUUGGCGUUUUCUGUUAACUGGAGGUGUGGCUCUGGAUAAUCCAUACCCUAAUCCAGCCCCUGAAUGGUUGACUGAGAAAAGUUGGGCAGAAAUUGUGAGGGCUUCAAAUUUAUUGAAUCUCGAAGAGUUCAUGACAAGUGUCCAAAAUGACCCAAAUCUGUGGAAGGAAAUAUAUGAUCAUUCAUCUCCACAUACUUUGCCAGUGCCUGCUCAAUUUAACGCGUGUACUGAGAUGGAAUGCAUGAUCAUCCUGCGAUGUUUGCGCCCUGACAAAAUGAUACCAAAAGUGCAAGAAUUCAUUAUCAACAACCUCGGCCCUGCUUACAUUGAUCCCCCAACUUUUGAUCUUGAAGGUUCUUUUGGUGAUUCAAACUGCUGUGCCCCUCUCAUAUUUGUCCUAUCCCCUGGUGCUGACCCUAUGGCUGCACUGCUCAAGUUUGGUGAAGACAAAGGUUUCACACAAAAGAUACAGACUAUAUCCCUUGGACAAGGUCAGGGUCCAAUAGCUGAGAAAAUGAUCCUAAAAGGUAUAACUGUUGGAUCAUGGGUUGUAUUACAGAAUUGCCAUUUAGCUACAAGCUGGAUGCCAAAACUGGAAAAGAUCUGUGAGGAGGUAAUCAUACCAGAAAACACUCAUGAAGAAUUUCGGCUUUGGUUGACUAGUUACCCUUCAGACAAAUUUCCAGUUUCAAUAUUACAAAAUGGUGUGAAGAUGACCAAUGAACCACCAAAAGGUUUAAGGGCUAAUAUGCUUAGAUCAUUCUUGAAUGACCCCAUUUCAGACUUCACCUUCUUUAAUGGGUGCAACAAGCCAGAAGUAUGGCACAAACUGUUGUUUGGUCUCUGUUUUUUCCAUGCCCUUGUACAAGAACGACGCAGCUUUGGACAUCUCGGAUGGAACAUUCCAUAUGGAUUUAAUGAAUCCGACCUGCGGAUCAGCAUGAGACAGAUGUUGAUGUUCCUAAAUGAUUAUGAGCACCUGCCCAUUGCAGCACUGACCUAUUUGACUGGCCACUGUAAUUAUGGUGGUCGUGUCACAGAUGACAAGGACCGUCGUCUUUUGAUGUCAAUGUUGUCCAACUUCCUGAACUAUGAAAUUGCCACUGAGUCAAACUAUCAAUUUUCUCAGUCAGGUAUCUACUACACACCACCUGAAAGUGACUAUGAUGAUUAUGUGAAGUACAUCAAAGGUUUUCCCAUCAUUACAUCACCUGAAGUGUUUGGACUUCAUGAGAAUGCAGACAUCACCAAGGACAACAGUGAAACACAGGAGCUUUUCAAUGGAAUUCUUUUGACCCUUCCUCGUGUUACAUCUGCUGCAGGCAAAUCGUCAGGAGAGGUAAUUCAAGAGUUGGCAACAGAUAUUCUUCAGAAACUUCCAGAAAAUUAUGACAUGGAAAUGGUGAUACAAAAAUAUCCAGUGUUGUAUACAGAAUCGAUGAACACAGUUCUUCGGCAAGAAUUGAUCCGCUUCAACAGACUAACUUCAGUAGUGCGAGAGACUCUUAAGAGUUUGUGCAAAGCCAUCAAAGGUCUUGUAGUGAUGUCUGCCAGCUUAGAAGAAGUUUUCUCCAGUAUGUUGGUUGGUCGUGUUCCUUCCGCAUGGGCAGCAAAGUCCUACCCCUCUCUCAAGCCAUUAGGCAGCUAUAUUAAUGAUUACUUAGCAAGGUUGAAAUUCUUCCAGGAUUGGAUUGAGAAGGGCCCACCAACAACAUUCUGGAUUUCUGGUUUCUACUUCACCCAGUCCUUCCUCACAGGAGUGUCUCAGAAUUUUGCCAGAAAAUACACCAUCCCUAUUGACCAAAUCAGUUUUGAGUUUGAAGUAACCCCCGUAGAAAAACAAAUGACAGAAAAUCCAGAAAAUGGUGCUUACAUUAAUGGUUUGUUUUUAGAAGGAGCACGUUGGAACCGGAACUCUUCACUCAUUGCAGAAUCUUUACCCAAGAUUUUGUUUGAUCCGCUACCAGUUAUCUGGCUAAAGCCCAAUGAUAUAGAGAAGUUCACACCAGUGCCAAGUUACUCGUGUCCAGUGUACAAGACAACUGCCCGACGUGGAGUUUUGUCCACUACUGGGCACUCCACCAAUUUCGUAAUGUUUCUGCAGCUUCCCUCUGAUAAACCAGAAAAACACUGGAUUAACUGCGGGGUAGCAAUUGUAUGUCAGCUUGAUGACUGAUGGAACUGACUGUACAAAAUGGUGUAUUGUUUCACAUCUCACAUGUGCACACACGCACAUACACACACACACACACACCUCAGAUAUACUCUCAUAUAAAUAUAUAUAUGUGUGUAUAUGUAUGUAUUUAUAUAUGUGUAUAUAUAUAUA